UUCUUCACUUGCUCAUAGCUUCUCCUGCCCAAAAACUCUGCUUCUUGACACUCUCACCCUUAAUCUCUCUCUGUCUCUCUCUUUUCGGAGAAGACAAUCACUUACAGACAAAUCUCUGCUUUGACGAUUCAGGUGAUUUUCACCUCUUCACACACUGUAUUUUUUUUCCUACUUAUUUAUACACUUCUUUGUGUUCUUUUCCUCUUCCAUAUGAGUAACUACGUUUUUUCCACUUUUUGAAACAAUAAUUUUUCUGGGAUCUUUUUCCUAGUAUGAAUUUUAAUCUUCUUUAUUGCAAACGUAGAAGAUUCAUAUUUGGAGCUUUCUCUUUGUACAUCACUCACAAAACCGAUUUAAUUAGUGACAUUAUCCACAGAUUAUCACUAAAUACUUUGUGUUUAUAACUUGUUUUCACUCAUAGAAAGAGUAAUUCAUUUAAAAGUAAACCUUUUAAGCUAAAAUCAAAGUCCAAUAUGGGUCUUGAACCUCCAAUUUUCUUAUGCUUUUUGGUUAUGGCACUGUUAAUAAACUGCUCGAAUUUUGCCAAUGCCGAGUGGGCAACUUGCGCUGGAAUUGCACCGGUGAGGUACCGGAAUGACAAGAUAUCGAUAACGGAUUUUGGAGGGGUAGGUGAUGGGAGAACAUUGAACACAAAAGCAUUCAGAGCAGCUAUAUAUAGAAUUGGGCAUUUGAAGAGGAGAGGAGGCACACUGCUUUAUAUUCCUCCAGGGGUGUAUUUAACAGGACCCUUUAAUCUCACUAGCCAUUUGACUCUCUACUUGGCUAGAGGUGCUGUUAUCAAAGCCACUAAGGAUACCCGGCAUUGGCCAUUAAUAGCCCCGUUACCUUCUUAUGGUAGAGGAAGAGAACGACCUGGAGGAAGGUACAUUAGUUUUAUUCAUGGGGACAGGCUGCAUGAUAUAAUAAUCACAGGUGAGAAUGGGACAAUUGAUGGACAAGGUGACGUCUGGUGGAACAUGUGGAGGCAAAGAACCCUUCAGUUCACUAGGCCCAACCUUGUUGAAUUCAUGAACUCCAGAAGUAUAAUAAUUUCCAAUGUAAUAUUCAAGAACUCACCAUUUUGGAACAUUCAUCCUGUGUAUUGCAGCAAUGUCGUAAUUCACCACGUCACCAUACUGGCUCCGGCUGACUCUCCCAACACAGAUGGAAUUGAUCCAGAUUCAAGCUCCCAUGUCUGUAUUGAGGACUCCUACAUAUCAACUGGAGACGACCUUAUAGCAGUGAAGAGUGGGUGGGACGAGUAUGGCAUUGCAUAUGGUCGGCCUAGUCACAGCAUCACCAUCCGUAGGGUAACUGGAUCAUCACCAUUUUCUGGAAUCGCAGUUGGGAGUGAGACUUCUGGUGGCGUUGAAGAUGUUUUAGCCGAGCACAUAAACUUAUUCAACAUGGGAGUCGGCAUCCAUCUGAAGACAAAUGUAGGUCGAGGAGGAGUUAUACGAAACAUUAGAGUCUCCAAUGUCUACAUGGAGAAUGUAAGGAAGGGGAUAAAGAUCUCGGGCGAUGUUGGAGACCACCCUGAUAACAAUUUCAACUUAAACGCUCUUCCCGUGCUCAAGGAUGUCAAAAUUAAGGAUGUCUGGGGCGAAAACGUUCAACAGCCAGGUUUGAUUCACGGUCUGAAAAAUGCACCAUUUUCGGGGAUUUGUCUAUCUAAUAUCCAUCUCCGUGGUUCCCCUGGUCCGAGAAAUUUGCCCUGGCAAUGCUCUGAUGUAACUGGGGCUGCUAUUCAAGUUAGCCCAUGGCCAUGUUCUGAGCUCACCAGUCGGCCGCAACAUAGUGAAUGCUCCAGUUACUUUUGAAAUUCUUGUUCUAAUGAGCGUGUAGUAAUAUGAUGAUUCCGCCUUACAAGAGGAAAUAAAUUCAAGAAACGUCAAAUUACGUGCACAUUUUGGCUCGUGGAAUAAAUCUUCUUGGACAGGGCCGUUUCCAAACUUAGGUGCCCCCUCUUGGAGGACAGGCGCCCCCUCCAAUAGGGGCACCUAAUACGGACAGCGCUAACGUGGCCCUGUUCGUCCAGCAUUUCUAUUGGGUCGUGAUAUGAAUAUGAAGUUUUUCUCGGACCGCGCAAAUUUAUGAUGUUUUUGUAUUUAAAGUCGAACAUGAUGAUUGACUUGGACUAUUUUUCCGCUAUUUAUGAACACUCUUUUUUAUGCCCA